CAAGCACAUGCCUGUGCGGUUGACUUUCCCCACCUUUUCCUCCCCUCCCGUGCGCGAUCUUCCUGCAUCUUCUUUGUCUUCCAAGCCUCUGAACGGCAACGCCAGCGGCGGCGGCAUCGGCUCCCCCUCCCCCUCCUCUCAGAAACACCAACAUGAGCAGCCAACUUCUUGACACCCGGGCCCUUGAGAUCGAUUCGGGUCCGGAGCACGAGUCCCUCGCUCAGCCGGAUGCCUUCGGCCGGAUGGCGACCCUCAUGACAUGCGACCGUUCGGUCCUGCUCGAGCAGGAUCCGCAAGCCUCAAUCCUGAGCCAAAGCGAACUUCCGAGCACCGGGAGUUGGUUUCUCCCCCAAAAUAGUACCCAAAAUGCCUGGCCGCCUCGACUCGAGUGUCCGUGAUAUAGCCCUGCUCAAGUGCACUUUCUCCCCGGGCUCAUGCGAAGUUCAAGCCAUUCUGACAUUCGCGCGCGCAUCUCCAUGUGCCGCUCGGUCUCUGGAACAGCCAUGCGCCUGUCGAGUCAGAUUGCCGGGCCGGCUUCAACGGCGGCCUGCCCUUCGCACCAGUCGCUCACGGACUUCCAGUACCUUUUCCAGCGCACUUUCUCCCAUCCCCGGGGGAUGUCGUGGAUGUCCGCCCCGACCGCACCGGUUAUCGACAUGGAGGUGCCCUGCCCGGGGGAGGCUUUUAGUUUGAUAUUCUGCCCACCUGCCGCAUCGCCGUCGGAUUCGUCGACUCCAAUGGACAGCCACAUGGGCGAGGAGGCUUGCUUGUCCGCGGGGGCCACGGGAUCCGCGGAAAGUACCGUCACCGCGGACGACGAGGCAGAUGAGGCAAGCGAGGCGGACGGGCCGGACGAGGUGGCCAAGGAAGGCCAGGAGCCGGAGCACCGGAGGCACAGCAAGGCGGAGGAGGAUGCUGGUCGAUCCCCGCCGGAGCGGGGAUCUUUUCCUGCCAUGGCCAAGGCCGAUCCCCAGCAGGUCGGGCCCGGCCUGGAUGUGGCUCUGGAGGCGGAUUUCGCCUCAGCCUCCAGCAACUGCGACGAAGUGCAGGAUCUCAUCAAGUUGGAGGGCGGCAGCACGCGGAUAUGGCCGGAAAAUCCAACCACCCCACCGGCAUCCCACCGGCUGGGUGCCUAUGAAUCCACCUCCCCACCGGCCAGCUCGCCGGCCCUGCGGCCUCAUACGGCACCGGCUGCCACCGAUGCCGGUCGCAAGCGUGCACGCUUCGCCCCCGCUCUCAAGCGUGGUGUCCCGGCUCCGGCCCCGGACAAAGACGAUGUCGACUGGUGGACAGAUCUCGACCGGGAGGCCACCUCUUCACCAAGAUCCACACCCGAUCUGACCGGUGGCCUGGGCCCAUCGCCCGAGGAGGUGGGCCAGGCCAUCAGCCAGGCUCUGCGGGACACUGGGCGCCCGGCUGGCCGGCCCUUGGCGCUAUUGCCCUGUGACAUUGCCAUUUUCUCGGACAGCGUGGUGGUGGCUGGGCGUCUGCGAAUUCCGAUUCGACGGUCGGUCGUUGCGACCGCCGGCGCAGCCGGCACGGGGCCCGGGCGCUUUUUCGAAUUCACCACCCCAAAGGCCGCGGACUUCCUCGCCCUGUAUGACGCCAUUGGGCCCUUGGCUCAGCGGGAGGGCUCCCUGCAGGCGCCCUCGGGCCCGGGGUCGGUCAGCAUCGCCCGGACCAUGCCGCUGCCGGCUGCCAAGAGCUUCACCGCCCGGUCGCUGCCGGAGCUGGGUGAGCGCAUUCGUCGGGCGCAGGUUCGUCAAACGAAGAACCGCAUUGCCGCACGCCGGUGCCGCGAAAAUAAGCACCUGCAACAGCGAAAUCUCCGGGAGACCGUGGAUCGCCUGCGCCAGCGUGUUCGCCACCUGGAGCAGGCGCUGGCCGGGUGCCGCUGCGAAGGACGUGCCCCGGGCCGCUCCCAUGGCGGACACUCCGCCUGAGUCGCAUGUGGUGUUUGUCAUUGCCCCCCCCCCCCCCCCCCCACUCACACAUGAAUGUGUUUCGGCGUUUUUUUUUUCCUUCCCUCCCUCCCUCUGCCUGACGCAGAGAUCACAUCCACGCCCAGGGGGGGAGUCGCUCCCGCCCUGCUUGGCGCCCCUGCUGCCCGCCUGCCCGAGAGCAGGGCUGUUCGAUUGUGCCCCGCCUCCUUCUCCUCACUUUGAGGCCAUGCCCAAUACACUGCCCUCCUUGCC